AUGUCUUUCCCUACACUCCUCGUUGCAUUGCUCUGCGUACUGCGCGCAGUAUCAGCCCGCGCACUAUGGAUUCCGAAAGAGCUCGAGCAGGACGCCUCCACCUGGAUGCCCGAGGACUUCACCAUCACGAAACGAGCAGAUACCUGUGGCGGCGAAUCUGGUUUAUCACAAUGUGGCAGCAACUUUCCCUCAGUCUUCUGCUGUCCACAGAACACAGUAUGCCUGUCACUAAACACGACAUCAUCGCUCACAGCCGCACUAUGUUGUCCUGCUGGUCAGGACUGCGCCACAAUAUCACCAGUCUCUUGCGAUCGAACCUUUCAGAAUGCGACCAGUAAUCCUGGAAGCCAGUUGCAUUCCCAACCGACAGCAAACCUCGACAGCUGUGGCGAUAACUGCUGCCCGAUGGGCUAUCGAUGUUCGGGUACAUUAUGUGUUGCAAUGACUGAGAGCGAGGCCGCGGAAGAUUCGUCCACGGGAAACACAACAACGACAUCGCCGACAACCACUUCCUCUUCUGUCUCCGACACUGCGUCAAGCACUGAUUCUGCAGAGGAGGCUUCCUCCACUGAUGAUGCGAAAGAAAACGCAGGCGACUCGGACGACUUUUCCCUUAAAUCUUUUGUCGCGGGAUUCAUUCCUGGAAUUGUUUUGGGUAUGUUCCUCUUGGCUGCUCUGCUCUUCUGCCUCUGGCGUCGUAAGCAUAAGAAAGAUGGCAGCAUCAGCGAGAAGAAGCAUUACUCCAAGGAUACAUUGACAGAUCUUGGUCCGAAUGCUUCGUCCCGUCGACCUACAGUACACGGCAGAUCUAUAUCUGAGCCGACUGUAGACAUCAGCCUUGGCCAUCGCACCGACUUCGCAAAUAGGACUCCACCGGAGCAGAAGAACAGAGGCGUGCACGGAGGUCUAUCGGGAUACAUUGUGAAUGUCGAGUCGCCAGCUGAGAGGCCCUCAAACCCUACACCGCAAGGAAAGAGCUGGUUAUCUCACUCGCCAUUUGUCAACCAAGUCGCUACGCCGAGACCAAUCCGCUCUCCAAUCCCAGCGCAUCUCAAACGCGGCACUUUGUCGUUUGACUCGUUCAAGAUCAGUCCAGUGCGUGGCCUCAAGAAGCAACGAAGCCGGCAUUCGCUUCGUCGAGAAAGCCAGCAAGCCACCACUGAGCACAGACCAGAGGAGCAACUAGUGCGUCAAGUCAGCGCAGAGACGAUUAAAGUGGCAAUGGACACCCCAGGGCAGAACCCAAGCACUGCUGGAACUCUUCCUCCAGGUAACUACAAACCUCACUUUGCCACACUCGCAACAGAACCCGCUUCCUCGAAUUCGUGGCAAACGACACAAUCUGCGCGCAGCCAGGACUCCACGCCUAUUGACGAGGAGCCCGACUAUUCUACGCCCACACGACCAGGCCGCAACAGUAACAUUCAGAAUAUCGGGGCAUCCUUGCAGUCGCCUUACACACCAUCAAACUAUCCGCCCACCGUGUACGAUCAACGAGCGUCCACUCGCACCCAGCCACAGAUAACAUAUCCGCCCUUGCCGGUGAAAGCCAGCACAGCACCUCAGCCGUAUCCGACGCCUCAGUCAUCAGCCGCGCAUAGGUCUUUCGUGGCGCCUGUAGGCCAUACUUCGACCUUUGCAGAUACCGGAAUGCCCUUUCUGAGGUCUCCGAACCCUCAACCUGCGAGCCCAAUACGUGCACCCGCGGACGGCAAGGGCAAGCCGCGAUUGACGGGUCUUUUCCCGAAUUGGGGCGCAAGAGAUGGUGCAGAAGAUCACAGAGUUACGAGGGCCAGCGGAUUAACGACGUGGGGUGGUAUGAUUGAGAAAGCUGGAUUGAGAAGAAGUCAGCUGUACACCAAAGAGCAAGGCGAUCCUCGGGAGUGGAACAGGUAGGAGUGAUGACUCGGAGAAAGACUUACAGAUGAGCGUGAAACAUGAUACGAUAGUAAUGCAAC